UGCAGGGCGCGCUAGUGUGUGGCCAGAAUGAAAGCGAUGUACAUCACGCGCGCGCCUGAGUGUCUAGCUGCUGAGACUGAGGCAAGUUUCAACAUGGAGAUGAUAAUUAGAUGCCUAACUCCGACUCAAUUAGAAAAAGUGAUACUGGUGGCUUUGUAAGUCACCCAGUUAUCCGUAACUCUUAUUCCAAGGUGGGCUGAAUGUCGUGCGUACUGGGACCACUGUGGACAGCCGGUUAGUUUUAUCAGACGUCCUGGAAAGCGGAUGGCUAUGGCGCUUUGGCCAAAAUGACAAAUGAUAGCGAGGAUAAAACGCAACAAUGGCUAGACAAACUAAACCAGACCAACGCAACAUCACCAAACGGCACAGAUCAUGCUCCCGUAGAACUUUGGAGAGCUCUGCCGCUUGCUCUGGUACUCGGCACUUUCAUCAUUCUCGCCAUCGUUGGAAACAUCCUGGUUAUCCUGUCGGUGAUUUGUAACAGGCACUUGAGAAUUCCCACGAACUAUUUCAUCAUAAAUCUGGCAAUUGCUGACCUGUUACUCGGGACAUUUGUGUUGCCCGUCUCUGCUUCGUUGGAAAUCCUUGAGGACUACUGGGUGUUUGGGAGGAUAUUUUGUGACAUUUGGGCUGCGCUCGAUGUCCUGUGUUGCACCGCAUCUAUCAUGAGUUUGUGUGUGAUAUCCAUUGACCGUUAUAUUGGUGUCAGCUACCCCCUACAAUACCCUAGCAUUGUGACAGAACGCAGGGCACUUCUUGCCAUGCUUGGCGUGUGGAUACUGUCGCUGGUGAUAUCGAUAGGUCCUCUCCUCGGAUGGAAGCAAGCGCCACCGCCAAUCCUAACUGAAUGUCUUAUCACAGAAGAACCGUUUUACGCUCUUUUUUCGUCCUUGGGGUCUUUUUAUAUUCCACUAAUAGUCAUAAUAGUUAUGUACUUCAGAGUUUAUAUAGUCGUCAAAAGAACCACCAAAAAUCUCGAGGCUGGAGUCAUGCGCGAGAAGAUGAAUUCAAAUGAACUGACGCUUAGAAUUCACAGAGGUUCUCAGAUGCACGAGGGCAGCGUCACAAGCAGAGGUCAAGGGCACGCAGGGAGAAAUUCCCUCACUGUGAAAGUCCUCAAGUUUUCUCGGGAAAAGAAAGCUGCUAAGACGCUAGGUGUGGUGGUCGGAAUGUUCACCCUAUGCUGGUUUCCAUUCUUCUUGUCUUUGAACAUCGUGUCAUUCAACGACCACCUGCGUCCUCCAAAGCUGCUGUCCAAGUUCAUCUUCUGGCUGGGCUACUUCAACAGCUGCAUGAACCCCAUCAUCUACCCCUGCUACAGCCGCGCCUUCAAGAUGGCCUUCCUCAGCAUCCUGCGGUGCCAAUGCCACGAGGGCGCUGCCCGCCGACCCGGCUGGCGAGGCCGCAUCCAGUCCCACACCAGCACCGCCUCCUCCCGCUCCCAUCCCCACCUCAGCCACACUUCCUCAUCUGUGUCGCACCACCGAGGGUCGACAGGUAGCAUGGGGCAAGGCGCCGGUGGUGGUAACAGCAAAAGGCUCCCGUCGCUAGGACAUCUUCCUCAUCUGCAUCGUACUCAGAGCAACACAGGGCCGAGCGUGGGGGGAGCGGGGACAGGACUGGCGCCGUGCCCAGAGGACGGACCCUUCCACACCCUGGAGGUCAAAGAGCCUUAAGAGCAGGACCGUUGACAGCUUUGGCUGGGCCCGGGAUAAAGUCAUCUGAAAGGGCCUCGUCCCCCACCGCUUCAGUACAUACUACGUCAUGAGGACCUAAUUCUGAGCACUCGUCUCUCCCUGGGCCUGGGACCCCUUUGCUCCCACCUGAUUGAGAGUAAGGGGCCUCACUGUAUGCAUUGGCAAUAGAGUGCCUAAGUCAGUCCCUUCUACUUCUGGACCGGGGGUCAGAUUUUGCCAAAAUGUUGAAUGAGAGUGGUUGGAGACUGAGACUCCAGGUUAAUCCUGGACUUGUGCUCUAGAUUUCAGAUAUGAAAGCAGUAUAGAUUUGAUUUGGAAGGCCACUCAUUUUUGGCAAGCAGAAUAAUUUGCUCUAGGCUUUGUGAAAGACUAGGUAAUAGAUCAUGUGUGCCUCACAUAUUUUACGUGAACCAAUGCUGAAGUCAGGCAGUACAGAUGGAUCUGAGGGAACCCUGGCUUAAGUGGCUGAGCACUUCUCUUGUAUAGUUCAAAUAAUUACAAUUUUUUACAUGUAAACAACUUAUGCCUCUUUUCCAGUGCUGGUUUUCUGGUAGGCCUAUAGCUCGGCACAGCACGACUCGGCUGCCAGUUUUUCCUUUUUGAUUGGGCACGACACAGCUCAAUCGAAGAGCAAAAAGUGGCGGCCGAGUCACGCUGUGUGUAGCUGUAGGCCUACCAGAAAACCGGCAGUGGAAAAGAGGCAUUAGUUUUGGUUGGACAGGUGAAGCUGACAAUCACACCCUUGGUUAUCAUUGAUUUGGAGGUACAGCAUGUGUGAAGGUGACGGGGAAGUGGAUCGGAAGAUAAGUUUGAUCUGUCCAUUAGAUUGCAGUCAAAAAUGUUGAAUGGGCGGAGAGGUCCAGAAGGGGCGGUGACUAUGGCACUCACUAUGGUCAGAUCACUAAAAUGGCGUCAAUGCUGUACUAUUCAUUAAUAAUGCAAGUAUUUGCUCUCUCAAGGACCUUUGCUGCAGUGGGGACCCUCCAUCUUUCUGCCUUGACGCUGGCCAAAACCUUUCAGUGUGUUGUGUUUUGGUUCAAGACUCAAGGCUCAAAACGUUUUAUUGUCAUUAAUACAAUUUCUUGUAUACAAUAAAUAUAUACCAGGACUACCAGGAAUAUACAGUAUAGAAUAUACCAUCAGAUAGACAAAACAUGAAAGGUGUAGUGCAUUGGCCUUGGCAAUUGAAGAUUCAGAUGACCACACAACAUCCGAUGUGCUAAAGAAGUCAAAUCUAGAAUUUCUUUUUGUGUGUGUGUUCCAUUUCAGUGGACUGUCUCAGUUACAGGUUGUCUUGUUUUGGGCGGUUGUGGAGCACCGCGACAAAACAGUUUUGGGAAUUGUGUGUGUGUGUGUGUGUCUGUGGGGUUGUAAAUCCAACCAUUAUUAAUCUAAAAAAAAGGGAGUCAUAGACUGAGUCACUGACAGUUUUGGCCGGACGUAGGACAAAGGCACUGACAUGCAAUGUAUUGAGGACUCA